UCAACCAAAACAUAAAUUACUAGUCUUGAAGCAUUUAUCACCUUUCGAUAUAAUGGCUAAUAAUCACUACGACUCAUCUUUUUACUUGUUAUUAUUUGUUACUUUGUUUUUAACAAAUAACUACAUAAACCAAGCAGACGCGCGUCAUCUUCUUGAAGUAAUUUUGCCUGAGUUUUCUAAGCCUGAAUUGCCACAUUUACCUGAAUUUCCUGAAAUUCCAAAACCCGAGCUACCAACUCUAUCAAAGCCUGAAUUGCCACAUUUACCUGAAAUUCCAACUUUGCCUAAGUUCGAAUUUCCUGAAAUCCCAAAAUCCGAGCUACCAACACUACCAAAGCCCGAAUUGCCCAAAAUCCCAACAUUAUCAAAGCGUGAACUUCCAAAAUUGCCAAAACUUGAUAUGCAUGUCAUUCCUAAGCCUGAAUCGCCAACUUUGCCAAGGCCAAAAAUCCCUCGAGUGCCUAAAAAGCCUUGAGCACGAAGCGUAUGAAAUCCUAUUUGCUUCAUUGAAGCAACAAUAUUGUUAAAAUGUUAACACUUAAUUAUGUUAUGUGAUCAUAUGCAUGCUUUUUCUUUAUUGUGCUAGAAUCAUUUGCAACUUCCCUUUUGGAAAAUUUAUAUUUAUGUGAUUGUUCUAUAUAUCAUAUGUCUAUAAUUUUUGGUA